AUGCUAUUAAAACAUUCCCUCCUUUCCCUCCUCUGCGCUCUGGAGGUUGCCUGGGCUUUGGAGCCCUCCGCAUGUUUCUCACCCGACGCCAAAGGUAAAGCCGGCUAUGAAGCAUGUUGUGCCAAGCAGGGCAAUGGCAAAGGCACUGUAGGCGGGGUCGUGUUCCAGUAUACCUGCCAAACAUUCCUGAGGAAAGGCAAUGACUAUGGCACAGCCCACAGGGGAGUCUCCAGCGCAGGGGAAUGUGCCCAGUUAUGUGCCGCUGACUCAAGCUGCCUGGCCAGCUCGUGGGGUAGCGCCAUAUCUCAAUGCUUCCUGUUCUCGAGCAAAGGGUACAUCCGGUAUACCCCCAACCCCGGGUUCCUCAUUCUUGAGAAGACGCCCGAGGAGCCGGAGAAACCGGAUCGUGCAAAGGACUGCCAGGAUCUGGUUGAUGCGGGGAAGAAAGAGGGCGAGGCCCAGUGCACCACGGAGAAGGAUAAGCUCCGACAGGAGGGAGAAGAGGCUUUGCGUGAAUGCCAGAAGCAAAAGCAAGCCGCUGUUGCAGAGUCCAAGACGCAGUGCGCCACGGAGAAGGAUAUGCUCCGACAGGAGGGACAAGAGGCUUUGCGUGAAUGCCAGAAGCAAAAAGAAGCCGCUGUUGCAGAGUCCAAGACGCAGUGUGAGAAGGAGAAGGACGAGCUGCGUCAACAGGCCGAAGGAGCUGCGCAGAAAGAGCGCGAGCAAUGCGAGAAAGACAAGUCUCAACUGCGCCAGGAACGUGAUGACGCGUUGCAAAAGUGCAAGUCGGACUGUGAGGCGGAGAAGGAACAGCUGCGCCAGCAAGGCACCGAUGCAGCAAAGCAGUGCGAGAGCGACAAGGCGGGACUGCAGCAGCAGCUCCAGACCUGCCAGGACAAACAGCAGCCGGCGAAGCCUACCGACACGACCGAAGCCCAGGACCCCAAGUGCCGGGACAACAGCUGGCAAAACAUGUGUGGCGGCGUGUGCCAGGAGGAGACCUUCACCCUUGCUGGAGUCGUGUUCAAGAAGAAAUGCUUCGUGCGGACUGUCAUGGCACAGGAAGUGCAGGUAUAUCACCGCUCGUCGCUUCUCGAGUGCCUGGAGAAGGACUGUGCUCCCAACAGCAACUGCCUGGGUGUGGGAUGGAGGCCAUGGGAGGUUGGACAUUGCCAUGUCCACAUGAGCAUCGGCCAUGGUCUUCGUACCGCGUACAAUCCCCACGAGCAUCUGAUCUACGCAAAGGAUCGAGUUACGCCUAUGGGAUUAUAA